UUGAUUCGCCCGCCUUUUUUAGAGGAAUCGUAUUUCUGAUGUUACGAGUAAUUUGAAUCAUCUAUCGGCUAAAAGUUAAAUCCUGCUGUUAUUUGAAAGUAUUUAAAUGUUAAAAGGUUGAAGGUAUAUAUUCUGCUUUAAUAUUCACUUCAAGAUACAUGUCUUGUAGUUCAUAGCUCGAGAUAAAAACAAAAAUUUUAAACCUCAUGAAACUUUAGAGGUUAUAUCUCAUUCGCCGGUUGUUACUAAACAUAUUUCGAGUUUCGUUUAAUGUUAUGGAAGAGCACUUUGCAACAUUAAAAUUAUUAGAUUCGGAUAAUGAUUGUAAAUUGACCAGAGCUUUUAGUUAUUCCGAACUGCCAUCGUCUCAACGAAUUAGCCUGAAACAAUCUUAUUCUGGAAACCCAUCUGGCUUGGUUAGACAAUACAGUUGCGAACAAAUUUUUGAUAAAACUGCAAACACAAAACAGGUAAAGAUAUCAGAAGUGGUCCGUACUGUCAAUAACGAAUGUAGAAGAGAGUGGCAAACAACGGUACCAUAUUCUGAUACCUUUAACACCUCUAACUGGCAAUUGGGUGGAAGCAACAGUAUAGUACAGGCAUCAAACCUUAUAUCAAAAAACAAAUCAAAUGAAAUAGAAUACAUGGAAAUUGAUCAUGUGGAUAAUGUAAAGGAAUCUACAUUUUUAUCAAAUUGUCUAUCACCAAUAACUAAUAUAAUUGAUAAAACAGAACAUCUAUUUUCUACCGAAUCUAAUAACUCAGAAAAUAUAAGUACAGUGCAACAAAAAAUUACAAAAGAAAAGACUGGAAGUACAUAUGAAGAUUUAAAGAAAAAAUUCAGACCGUUGGUACCAAAGGCCAAAGUUCCUGUAAAAAAGGGAAUAAAUAUGUGCUACUGCAAUUUAUUAUGUUUAUUUCUUAUUCCAAUUCUCGUGGGAGUAAUUGCACUACUUCUAAACCCUGUUACAUACACAAUUUGCAGUCGUGAUAUAUUCUUCUCGAAUGCUACGACUCAAAUACAACAGAAACUAUAUGGACAAGCUACUGCAAUUUCCACUAUUGCUUAUGCUUUACAUCAGGAUGUCUAUAAUCUGAAGGUCAUAUGUCUUAUAGGUGGAACAGGUGUCGGGAAAUCGUAUACCAUUGGAAUUAUAAACAAAAAUUUCCCAUAUAAACAAAAGAUUUUUGUAUAUGAUCUAUUAUUAAAUGACAAUAUAGAUGAAAGCACAUUAAAUUCGUUUAAUUCUUAUGAAUUAUUGAUCAUAGAGAAUUUAAAACUGAAAAAUUUAGACGUUUUUGCUAGUAUAUUGGAUACAUUGAGCAAGAACAAAGACAAGUGUAUCACGGUAUUUGCCGUUUUUAAUGUAGAAGAAGUGGACGAGAAUUUGAAUCGGAACGUGGAUUUAGUAAAAAGCGAAAAUGUGAUUACCAAUGCUUUUGUCAAAGAAGCAAUUGAUAUGGUUAUUGUUCCUUACAUACCUUUAUCCGAACAAGCAUUAGAGAUGUGCAUAAUGGAUGUAACGAAGAACAGCAAUUUGAAGCUUACACAGAGCCAAAUCGGUGAAAUUAAACAGAGUUUAUUAGUUUCAGGAAGUGGUUGCAAAGGAGCUUAUGCAAAGGCACAAGUUAUCGGUAGGGAAUAAGUUUGGGAGUAUCCAUUUAUUGUUAAGAAACACUGCAUUUUUUCAUUACAUAUAAGAAAAAACAACUUUGCUCAAAAUAUAGUAAAUAUCGUAUAAGUACGACUUUACAUAUUUAUCGUGUUCCAUCUAGUUUUAAGUUCGUUAUUUUGGUUUAUUAUUUUCACAUUUCAAAUUCUGUGAUUAGUGGAUACAAUUAUAAUUUUUGUAUAGACAUAAGUGAAACAGCAUGUAUUUGUGAUUUUGAAAUUGAAUGUACUCCCUAAUUACAACGAAGAAAAAUUAAAUAUAUUUACAACA